AUGAGUAAAGAGAAUUGGGGUAUUGUCUUCUUCUCCGAUUCGUUUUCGGUUCUAUCGAAAUCAGUUCAACAAAUAACGGCCUCUCGCGAUUCGUCAUUCAUUGUAACUGCUUUCGAAUUAAGGACUGAAGCAACUGUAAUGGGUAUAAUCAGGAGGUUCUUCACUUUUAUAGCAGGGAACGUGGUUGGGAUAUAUGUCGCUCAGAAUUACCAAGUUCCAAACAUCAAGAAGGAAGCUGACACUUUCUUGUUAACGGCCAAGGAAUUCGAGGAAAAAUACCGCAAACCUAACAAGAAAGGUGGUAAUGAUGGUGUUUAG